AUGGCGCGCAGACAGCGGCAUCAUGACUAUCAGGCGGAUGGUGAUGAUGAUGAUGAGCAUCAGCCCUCGAGCGUGGUGCAGGAAAAUUUAGCAACGCGGGCCCCGAAGCUGACCCGGGGCCGACUGACAGGCAGGACAGGUCAGGGCAGGACAGGGCAGGGCAGGCAGGCACGACAGGCAGCAAGGGCAGACAGGGCAGGCACGACGGGCAGGACAGGGCAGCAGGGCACGCGGGUUGUAGCUACCUGUUGCAGCUUGGCCCAGCACGCUAUCCGCCUGGCUACUGGUCGAUCCUUCUCCACGCACGGCCCGCCACACUGUUGGCCUGCCACAGCUCGGCGCUCCUCAAUGGCCGUUUUUCACGCCUCUUGCGCGCUGAGCACCCCCGCUGCAAGCGGCUCAUGCACCGCACCAACGUCCGCACCAGCAACCGCACCAAAUGCCUUCAACCGCGCCCAGCCUGCUCCUUCGUCGGCACCGGCAUCGGCACCACGGCUGCCCUGCCCAAACGUCUCUCUCCUCUGUCUCUGCCUCUCCCGGCGCACUCACGGUCCUAACAGGGGGACCGACGCCCGCCUCGAGCACCACACCAGAGCCACCUCUUGCUGCAACCCCAGCUGA